UUGAACCCUAAACGUUUGAGAAGGAUCGAUAAUGGCGCUUGCACUUGCUGCUGCUUUCUUCUUUUCACUGGCAUCGUCUUCGUCAGCGGCGCCAGAUUCGUUGUUUGGAUGCUACGAUUCCAUUGUUAGCUUCGGCGAUUCGCUCUCCGACACCGGCAAUGAUUUCGUCCCCGAGCUACACCAGGGGCAUACCCUCCCAGCUGCUAACCUGCCCUACGGCCGGACGUACUUUCACCACCCUACCGGAAGAUUCUCCGACGGCCGCAUCAUCAUCGACUUCAUCGCACAGAGCCUGGGGCUACCCCUGCUCAAACCUUACUUUCCCGAAGCUUACGAAGAUGCGGCGCAACGUCGCCGGACCUUCAGCGCCGGAGUGAAUUUUGCGGUGGCCGGAGCGCCGGUGCGUUCGUACGAGUUCUACGAGAACAUUUUUGGAUAUCAGAAUCCGUUCACCAAUGUCUCUCUGGAAACAGAAAUGGAAUGGUUUCGAACCUUUUUGACUGGUUUUCCAGAUUGUCGAAAGUACCUGGAAAGAUCUUUGAUUGUAUUGGGACCGAUUGGAGGCAACGAUUAUACCCAUCUUUUAAUGCAAGGCAGGACUCUUGAUGAGCUGCGAUCGUUGGCCCAUGCCGUUAUUAGCUCCAUCGGAUCCACAAUUCAGGAGCUGAUUGGGCUUGGAGUUGUUACAAUUCUUGUCCCGGGAAACAUUCCAUCUGGCUGUUUGCCAAACUAUCUAACCUUAUAUCAAAAUUCUAGUACACAAAAUGACUAUGAUCCGCAAAUUGGUUGUCUCGCUUGGUUGAAUGAGUUAUCCAUUUACCAUAACCAUCUUCUCCAAAAGGAACUGCAGAGAAUAAGGGAACUUCAUCCUCAUGUCAACCUAAUGUAUGGAGACUAUUAUAACAGCGCAAUGCAAAUGUAUCUCGCCCCCAACCAAUUCGAAUUCGGAAACCAAGUUCUUAGAUCUUGUUGCGGAGCAGGAGGUCGGUACAACUACAACGAUUCUGCGCGAUGCGGCACGGCUGAAGCAACAUGUUGUAAUGUUCCGGCGGAAUACAUCAAUUGGGAUGGGAUACACUUCACUGAGGCAGCCAAUAGAUUGAUGACCCAAGGAUUGCUCCAAGGACCCUAUACCGAUCCUCCUUUCUCGACCAUCUGCCUUAAUUUCACAUCCAGGCCUCGCGCCAUUGCAAACUACUAAGACUCGGCUCAGCUCGGCUCGGCUCGACUCGACUUGUGUGUGUGGUGAAAGUUUGCUAUGUUGUCAUCGCAACUAAUUGUGAUGAUGUAUAAUAAAUAUCUAGGCACUUCAAUUGCUUUGCCUACUUGCCUAGGCAUUCAUUGUCAUAUCGACUGAUGACAAGUUUGUUUUGAAUUUUGGAAUAAAAUUAGGAGGUUAUAAUAA